AUGAUUGACAAACCACCUAUGCCAAGAUGGAAUUUACGAAAAGCGAAUUGGUUUGCUUUUUCAAAAUAUGUCGAGGAAAACAUAAACCGAAUAAAACCCGAAACGACUAAUUACAUAAGAUACGCAAAACUCCUAAAAACAGCGGCUAAAAAAUCAAUAUCUAGAGGACACAGGCAUAGCUAUACUCCCUGCUGGAUGGAAGAAUGUGAUGUUAUACUCAAUGAGUAUGAAAAGGUUGGAACCGAGGUCAACGUAAACCGCUUGAUUGGACUGUUAGACGAAGAAAGAAGGAAGGGGUGGUUAAAGGCCAUGGAUAAUUUAGAUUUCACUCAUUCUAGCAGAGAAAGCUGGUCCCUCCUUAUGAAAUUGGGUACAGCGCAGCCUUCGUAUACAGAGAGUAAAGUAUCACCGAUCGAUGUCUCAAACAUCCUUUUCAAAACCUCAAACAUAAAGCCUAAUAAGUAUGAAAAAACAAAGAUUAAGUACAAAUACAAAACAAUACUCGACAGAUGUGUCGAAAGAUCGGAAAUGAUGCAAGACUUUAAUGUAGCAGACAUAGAAAUAGCCCUGAGCCUCUUAAAGAAUGGUAAAGCUGCUGGGGUAGAUGGCGUAUUACCAGAGUUCAUUAAGCACAUAGGAUAA